UCCAUUUCUCCUUCAAAUUAACAGAGCUUGAAUUUUCCCAUGGCCAUCUUCUCCACCAUGCGCUCAAUUAAAACAAAAUCAGACAUAACCAUCACCGCCUCCUCUUCUUUCCGUUUCCGAACAUCAUCAUCAGUUGAAACAGUUGCAAACAAUGACGAUCUUUUAACGGAAAUACUUCAUCGCCUUCCGAUCAAAUCGUUGCUGAAAUUCAAGUCUGUAUCAAAACAUUGGCUGUCCCUUAUAUCGGAUCCUUACUUUCUACUCCGCCUAAGCCCUGUCCCUCAACCCAUCACUGGCCUCUUUAUGCGUGGCCUCGGCAGUCCAGAAUAUUAUUUCAUCAAUCUUGGUUCCAGUCCUUCUCCUGCUCCCUUCAAAUCUCUCACUUUUGGAAACAACCCAUCAUCAGAUUCAGGGAUCACUAUCGAGCAAUCAUGCAAUGGUCUAUUAUUAUGCAGUUGUAUUAAAGGAAGUGCGGGUCGCCCCGACUAUUAUGUUUACAACCCCACCACACACCAAUACACUAUGCUUCCUCCACCCCUUGUUGAUAGUAGAAACUCUGGUUUUAAUUUAGCAUUUGAUCCUUCAAAAUCACCCCACUACGAAGUCAUUUAUGUACAAAAUUGUCAAAAUUUCGAAGAUGAAAGUUAUAGGAUAGAGAUUUUCUCAUCAAAAACGGGGACAUGGAGACUAUCUAAAGCUACAUACAAUGUUCCGGUUUAUUUAAGUUACACAUUUUAUCAGAGUCUAACGAAUGGUGUGUUUUGGAAGGGUUCCAUAUACUGGAUUAAUGAGCGGUUAUGUUUCAACAUUGAUGAAGAGAAAAUGCAGGAAAUGCCAUUGCUCCCUGCUGUUGAGGGAUGGGGCGUGAGGUGCUUCUAUUACUUGGGAAUUUCUCGAGGCCAUUUGCAUCUUAUUGAGAAUUAUGGUCCUGCUUUGUUUAAUGUUUAUGAAAUGGAGAAUGACUGCUCUGGAUGGUUCGUAAAGUAUCGCGUUGAUCUUCGUCAAGUUGCAACAACAUUUCCUGAGAUGAUUAGGAGCCAAGCUGAUCCAGAAGGCUACAACUACUAUAAAAUUUCGACAAUAUGUGUUGUAAGGGAAGAAAAUGAGGACGAUUCAUGUUUGGUGGUGCACAUACCUGGGAAGGUAAUACGUUACAAUUUCAAGAAUAGGAGUUUCAAGAAGAUUUAUGAUUUUGUUCCAAGUGAAUUUGAAUUUCAGUGUGAUUUUGGAGAUGGACGGUACAUAACUGGAAUCGAAUUCGCACGGUUGUAUGCUUUUCAAUACAUAGAAAGUCUUGCUUGUGUUUAGUGAUCGUUUCUGCUCAACAUAUAUAUAUAUUCUGCUUUAAAGUGCAUAGCCCAAUGGCUUCUAAGUUCUUGUCGAGCAUCCCAAAAUGCUGUCAUUGCUUCUGUGGGAACACUCGAAAAAUGUUAUAGUGUAAAUCGAAAAGCCCUUUUGAUUUUUGAAUCCCACUCAGCUGCCUGGUCAAAGUCGAAGAAUAUAAAAAAUUAAUUA